GACGCGGCAAUGAGAUCAGGUGAGACGCACACGCGCGCGCGCACGCUUUCGAAUGCACUUUGCGUCUUAAAAAACAAGUUGUGGCGACCAAAAGUCAAGUUUGACGGGACUCCACGCAGAAACGCGGUGACUUUCAAGUGGUCCACUUUCACAGGGAAGGCGGCCGAGAAGGCGGCCGGGAAGGGGACGUGGGGCCACAAGCUGAAGGUCAAGUUGCCCAAGAUCUACCCCCGGCUCCAAACGAUGACCCGAGGGUAUUGUGCUUCAGCCGCCACGGCGCCGCCGGUGCCGCUGACCUUCGAGCAACACCUUUCGUUGCUGCACCUGAGCGAGGCGGGCCGACUGCUGCUGGCCAGAGAGGAGCGCCUUUUUGAGGGCGGGGGCGACGCCCCGCGCCCGGAGGACGCGGACGCGCUGGCGGCCGACCGGCGGGCCUUGGAGGAGGCGGUGCUGCGGACGCUCAGGAGCUCGUUGGACGCGGUGGACGUCGAGGCCCUGAGGUCGGCAGUGACGUUCGUGCAGCUGGAGGAGGAGCAGGACCGGAUUUGGGAGCGACGCGGGGGCAUGCCGCCGCCCUGGAGGCUCAGGUGCUGGAGGGAAGCGCACGACACGACGCUGCGAAGCCUGGUGGAGGAGCGCAUGGACGCCCCCCCGACGCCCGCCGCCCUCCGCCCGGGGCAGUCGUCCAUCCAGGCCGACAUGCUCAGCAUGGGCCGGCGGCUGAGGCGCGACCUCCUGCUGGUGCUGGAGCGCGUGGAGGCGUGCUACCCCGGCCACUUCCGCAUCUGCCAGCAGUACGCCGCCUGGUACCACCGCAGCAUCGGCGCCAGGCUCAGGAAGCUGGCGGACUUUGGACUGGACGACCAGGACUGCACCUUCCUGCUGCGCUGGGUCAACGACUUCUACCCACGAUUGCUUCAAGAAGUUGAGCUGGCGGGUGAGAUCGACAGCCGAACGCUUGAAGAGCUCCUGCCCGAAGAUCUGCUCUCCCCCCUAGAGGAGCAAUACCUCAGCAGACAGCAGAGGGACCUGAGCACGUACGUGGGACGCAUCCUGGACGAGGCCCGGGAGACGUGGACCAAAGGGGGGUCGCCGCCCAAGGAGGACGGAUGCUUCACCAGUCCCCUGGCCUACGACAUCAUUCAGAUGGUAAAUGGCAUGGUGAGUGCGGCAGAGAAAGUGCUGGGCGACCUGCAGAAGGCUCAGAAUCUGACGUGUCAGCUGGAGGACUUGCUGCAGAGGUUCAGUACUUUCCAGGCUGACGUCAUCAAGCGCAACAAAGCAAACAGCACGGACUUUGUCAAAGCCAACCUCGGCUGUGUGGCGCAGUUCAGGGACUUCCUGGCGAGCAGGAGCCGCCUGUUCCCGGAGGAAGUUCGCCAAAGCUGCCUGAGCGUGCUGACCGACAUGAAACUAAGGACACAGGAGUACCUGCUCACCCCCGUGUACAGGAACCUCAAGCCGCACUGCCGAAACCUUUUCAGCCAAUACUGGUUUAAGAAGUCACCGCUUGACAAGCUGCAGCGCAGCCUGGAGGACGAAAUCCUUCAGCUCCAAGGACUGUCGCAGUCCUGUCACCAGGAGCUGAUCGGUCAGCUGCACCAAGAUGUGUCGGUGGAGUACGUCCGCAGGCUUCUGAUGGCAGAUCUCCGGCUGAAGGACAAACAGCAGCAGCAGCAGGUCGGCGACAACGUGGACCGCGACGCCAGCGCUUUGCACGACUUCUUCAUCACACAUGGCUCCAAGGAGGCGUGGCUUCAUGAACCUUUGCUCAUGAUCGCCGAAGUCCUGAAGCUCCAGGAUCUCCCUGCCAUCCAGUUCCAAAUGGCCUCGCUGGCAACGGCUUUCCCCUACCUCAGUGAGAAACAUGUGACGUAUUUGCUGAAGAUGAAGAGCAACCUCACCAAGGAGGACAAGAAAAACGUGAAGGCCGUCCUGUCGGAGAUUCCCGAUUCCGCCCAAUCGCAUCUCUUUUUCACAUUUGUGGUAGUCAAAUAGCCACAGUGCCAAAUAGUGAUCUGCCACACACUCAAUGUCGUUCUCAAUCUUCUGCAUGUGUGUGUGUGUGUUUUAUUAUAUGUUAUGAACAUUCAGGAGUUUAUUUUUGUAUAGGUUGAACAUGAACAUUUUGUUUAAUAAAGGGAAUAAUAACAAGUA